GACGAAAUAAUGGUAAUUGUGCCGAUGGUAAGUGCUCUCAUCACUGCAAUAGCUGAGCAAAAAAUGGCACUACUCUCGACAGCAUGAGCUCCUAUUCAUCAUGUGUUCCUGUUAGCAAUUUUGUAAAAUCCGGAAUAAAAUGGAGCAUGUUGGGCCUUUCCAACCUAAACUAACCAGUGCACAUGCGUAAACAUUACAUCUACAGGUGAUCCACAGGUUGUCCUCUGUUGUAUGUACAUACAUAUAUACUGUGAUUAUGCUAUUACUCUAUUUUGUUAUUGUAAAUUUUGACUUGCUUUUGAAAUUGUUCGAGGCACUUCCUUAAAUAUGAUAUCGUUAUAUGAAACAGGAGAUCCACUUUUAAAAUCUUUAAUAAUCUGAAUCAUACAUAAUAUUAAUUAUUGACAACAAUAUAUUGCGUUAGCGUACACAAGUUGCUUCAAGAUGGCUACAGAUUAUAGUGACAAAUAUGUGUUUGAAGCUGAAUGGUAUGACGAAAUUGCCUGCAUAAUGAAAAAAUUUUAUCUGUACUAUUAUCUAUCUGACAAUACUGUCGAAUUGUUUGAUUUAAAAACAAAAAAGACUUUCUUAAGAAGAACAACAUGCAAAGGCAUUGAAGCUAAAGAUUUUUAUAUCCACGCUGUAAUAACAAUAUUUGCAAGAUGUAUAAAAAUUACAGGUUACGCAAAUACAUAUACUAAAACCAAAUUAGAGACGCAAAUGCAAAAAGUAUUUGUACUUAUAAAACCAGAUGUUAUUGAUAAAAUGGGUGAAAUAUUAAAAGUCAUUACAAGUCAUGACUUUCAUAUUAAGAAUAUAAAAAUGAUACAAUUAACUUCAAAUGAAGUUACAAAAUAUUAUUCUACAAAAAAUAUAAUUGAUGAAAUGUCUGUUAUAAAUUAUCUUAUCUCCGGGCCUGUUGUUGCUUUGGAGUUAUUAGGAGAAAAUGCUAUAGCGAGAUGGCAAGAAUUAGCAGGUCCAGAAGAUAGUAAGCAUGCUUGUUUAGUGGCAACAUCUUCUUUAAGAGCUUGCUAUGGAAAAGAUGAGAUACAUAAUGCUGUAUAUGGAUCUGAAAACACUGAAAUAGCAAUGCAAGAGUUGCAAUAUUUCUUUCCCGACUUAAGUAGUCAAAAUAAAGAACCAAAGAACACUGCAACUUUAAAAAAUUGCACUUGUUGCAUUAUCAAACCACAUGCUGUACAAGCAAGACUUGUUGGCGCCAUUAUCGAUGAUGUUCAAAAAGCAGGCUAUAUAAUUACUGCAAUACAACAAUUUCAUAUGAAUCCUGUUAAUUCUGCAGAAUUUCUAGAAAUUUAUAAAGGCGUUCUUCCCGAAUAUAUGGGAAUGGUAAAUGAAUUGCAAUCCGGUCCAUGUAUUGUUAUGGAAAUAAGCCAUAAAGACAAAGAUGCGAACAUUGUUGCUAAUUUCAGGAAUUUAUGCGGUCCAAUGGAUCCGGAUAUUGCGCGGCAAAUUAGACCAAAUACGCUUAGAGCCAAGUAUGGAAAAACAAAAAUACAGAAUGGCGUACAUUGUUCUGAUUUAUCCGAAGAUGGCAUAUUAGAGGUGGAAUAUUUCUUCAAAAUACUCAGUGGAGUCUGAACGAUUGAAUUUAGAAUUUAAUAAUUACUAAACUUAAAAUAUUUAAAUUUAGAAUAGUUUUACACUUUUAUAUAACAAAAUAAAUGUUUUUUUAAUAAAACAUUUUAGCCUGUAAUGUGGUUUAUGAUGUUAGCCACUUUACCAAGUCGACCACUCUUCCCUCUUCUACAUUUUAAGGCAUGCAAUCCUAGGUUAUUUUUUAUAAAUAUAUAUAUAUUCAAAGCCAUUUAUACUAUGAUAAAACUCUGAUUUGUCAAAACUUGGAAAAAUGGAAGUCAGACAGGGAACAUCAUGGAUUUUUUCAGUGAUUCCUAGUAUUGUUACACUUUUUGAAUGUUCACUGCAAGAGUUAUCUUCCAGAUAUUUACAAUUAAAUGCAAUAGUUCACUUAGAAACAGAAAUUCAAAAUUAAAGACUCAAGUCUUCUAAAAUAUGUUUUAUAUGAAAAUAUUCAUUGAAGAUUCUCAAAUAGCUGUUUACCCAAAAAAUACAUUUUUUAUUAAUAUAUAGUGUCAAUUAUCGAAGUAAAUUAUGUGGCAAAUUCACAUAACUUUUAUAAUACAAUUAUAGGCUUAUGUUCCAUUUUAAUAAUAAACACAUAAACGAAAGAUAACGACAAUUCA